CGCCAAUGGGGCUGCGGCUGCCGGCGCAGGUGGGAGCCGCGCCCGGCGCAGGUGAGAGCCGCGCCCGCCGCCGCCAUGGAGCCCGUGCGCUCCUGGGGCCCCGCGCAGGCGGCCGCCUGGCUCCGAGGGCUGGACGCGGCGGUGCAGGGAUACCCCUUCGAGGCCUGGGGGCUAUCGGGGCCUGACCUGCUGGGGCUGGACGCGGGGGUCCUGGAGGCACUGGGCGUGUGGCCCUUGGGACACCAGGAGCUGCUGCUGGAAGCCGUGGAGCAGCUCCGUAACCUGGAUACAGGGCUGGCGAGCACCAGCCUGCGGACACUGACAGAGAGGCUGCAGGAGCUGGCGCAGGGCAUCCAGAGCCUGGUGCAGGGGGGGCUGUCAGCAGGGGAUGCCCCCCAGCCGCCUUCCCUCACCCUCCUGGCCCGAGUCAUCGACCUGGUCGGGGCUGCCAAGGAACUCUUCUCCUGGCUCAACAGGUACCUCUUCUCCACCCUCAAUGACUUUUCGGCCAGCCGGGACAUCAUCCUGCUCUGUGCCCAGCUGGCAGAGAUGCUGCAGGCGGACCUUCCUGUGGCCGAGAGGAGCAGCGGGGUCCUGCAGAUUUGCCAGCACAUCGUGGGCAUCUGUGAGAGCAUCGUGGGCUGCAGCCCCCCGGCGCUGCUGGACCGCAGGGCUGUGCUGCAGCGUGUGGGGCUGGCGCUGCCCCCCAGCCCACAGGGCAGCCCCCCGAUGUCCCCCAGCACCCCAACACUGCCCCUUGGCCUGUGGCAGAGCCCCCCAACAUCCCCUGACACGCCAACGCUGCCCCCCAGCCAAUGGAGCAGCCCCCCAGGAUCCCCUGACACCCCAACACCACCUGCUGAUCUUGUGGGGAGCCCCCAGCCACUCCUCACAGCCCGACUGGGCUUUGAGAUCACCUCCACCAGCUCCUGCCUGCACUUCGUGUCUGCAACCACCUCAGAGGCCCUGGCUGCCCACAGGGGCCACGUCCUGCCCGGAGAUGAGAUCGUGCAGGUCAACGAGCAGGUCGUGGUGGGUUGGACACCUGUCAACCUGGCGAGGAAGCUGCUGGAGAAGGGGAACAGGGUGACUUUGGUGCUGAAAAAGAUCCCCCUCGACCUGCCCGGCUCACCCCCCUCUCCCAGGCAGCAGCCCCCAGGAGCAUUUUUGGAUGCUGCAGAUUCCCCUGGCACCAGGAGCAGCGAGAGCCCGGGCAGCCCCGUGUCUUUGACCUCCAGCGUUGCAGCCGACUUGGACUCGGGACCAGACUCUGCCCCGGAUCCCGUCACUGACGAGGAGCAGGAAGAGGACGAGCGGGAUCUGAGGCUGCCCGAGGCAGCUGUGGAGGAGCUGCCGGGACUGUCUGAACAGGGUGCUGCAGAGGAGGUGUGGGACAGUGGCAGCACCCUGGGAACCCCCCUGGACACCCCCCCGAGCACCCCUGCUGCCACUGAACCCUGUGCCACAGAGCUGAGCCCCAGGGCAGCCCCCAGCACGGGGGCUGGGGGAGCAGAGCCCAGCCAGCUCCCUGGGGAGGGCAGCCCCCGCACGAGACCAAAAGGAGUGGCGACCAGGCUGAGCCGCCGCCGGGUCUCGUGCCGGGACCUGGGCCGGGUGGACUGCGAUGGGUGGCUCCUCAAGAAGAAGGACCACGUGGGCUUCAUGGCCCAGAAGUGGAAGCGGUGCUGGUUUGUGCUCAAGGGCCACACGCUCUACUGGUACAACCACCCCAACGAUGAGAGGGCUGCAGGACUCAUCAACGUGGCCACCUACAACCUGGAGAGCACGAGGGAGCAGAAGAAGAAAUACGUGUUCCAGCUGUGCCACCAGACAUACAAGCCCUUUGUGUUUGCUGCUGAAACCUUGGCUGACCUGAGCAUGUGGGUCAGUCGCCUGGUAACAGCCAAAACAAAGUACACGCUGGCCCACCAGGCAGUCCCAGACAAGGAGGAAGACUGCUACAGUGAGACAGAAGCUGAGGAUCCCGAUGAUGAGUCCCCCAGGCACGGAUCUGACUCGCCAAGGAAGAGGUUGCAGAACACCCCAGAGAAGGCGCAGCUCUCCCCAGCCAGCAGCACAGCCAGCAGCCCCCAGGGCAGCCCCCGGCCCUGCUCCCCCAUGGAGCCCGCUGGGGAGGAUCUGGAGAGCCUGAUGCGGUGCCUGAGGCAGGGCGGGCUGUCCCUCAUGGGGCAGCAGCGCUUCCUGACGCAGGAGCAGUGCCGCAAGUCCUUCCUGCGGCGCAACAAGAACCCGCACAUCAACGAGAGGGUGCACGCCGUGCGAGCCCUGCAGAGCACGCUCAAGGCAAAGCUGGCGGAGCUGCAGGCCCUGGAGCAGCUGCUGGGAGAGGCCGCGCUCACCUCAGACACGUUCAGGCGCUGGAAGGAGGAGCACCAGGAACUGUACCGGGAGCUGCGGGAGGGCUGGGCAGGGCAGCAAGGCCAGGGCCACGACCAGGGGCAUGCUGGAGACCAGCAGAGCCCGCACGAAGAGGCAGCUGAGCCCUGACAUCCCGCCAGGACCUGGUGUGGGUCGGUGCCCACAAGACUUGGAGCAUGGGAGCACGGCAGGUGCUCUGUGCUGGGGGGCCUGAGCACAUUCUGGAAGGCUCAGCCCCCACAGGGGCCAUCCCACAGGGGAAGUGGCCUCUAUGGAAGUCUUAAUUUUUCCCAGCUCGCCUUGCCUUGGCUGCAGAUUGGAAAGGGGCGGAUUUUCCCGAGGAACGUGCCCCCGCUGUGGUGCUGCCAGCCGGCCCGGACACGGGCUCUUCUGUAAAUAAAUGUGGU